AGUUUUAAUAAUAAGCGCUCGAAUGUAUAAAUCGCUGAGCAGUCUCGGCGCGUCGAUGUAGCCGAUAACAUAACAACACUUCGGGUGCUUUUUUUUUCGCUUUAUCUUCUCGCAAAUUAAACAACAAUAAGUAAAAAAGAAAAACCAUCAUCGUUUGAAUCGACGACUGAAAAGAUGAGGUUUUUCUUCUGCGUUCUAUUGGUUUCCUCGUGCGUCUUUUGGCCACUGGAAACGGCUUCCAUUGGACAGAGAGUUAAGAGGCAGGGUGUUAUUGGUGAUCCUUGUGAAGCUUUCAACGUCAAACUUGGAUUUCAUUCGGCAAAAUUGAGCACAAUUCCGAAAGGCGUGUGCGGAUAUUGCUGUCCAAUUAAGGAGAACGACGUUAGAUUCUAUUUUGUGGACAGGACGCACGUAAAUGGAACAUUGGUAACACUGCAGAGUAAAGGAAGAGCGUUGGGAAUCGAUCCCAGACUACCAACGAUCAUCUACGUUCACGGUUUCUUGGAAUUGGGUAUCAGCGGGAUAGCGAUUCGAACGGUUCGCGAAGGGAUUUUUAAUAGUAAUAUUGAUAUGAAUUUCUUGGUGGUGGAUUGGUCGAAUCUGUCGAUGGGACCGUGGUACGUGGAAGCGGCUCAAAACGUCAGAUACGUAAGCGAGAAGGUGGCGACGUUCAUCUGGACGCAUCUGAAGAGGAAAAGCUUUAGGUUGGAUACACUGCACGUCAUCGGGUUCAGUCUCGGUGCUCAAGUCGUCGGACUUGCCGGGAAAAUUUUGAAAUCCAAUGGUCUGAUGUUACCUAGGAUAACAGCAUUGGAUCCAGCUUUUCCACUUUUCCAUAUAAAGCAACCGGAAAACAGAGUUGCCAGGGGCGACGCUGAAUUUGUCGACGUGGUUCACACGAAUCCCGGAAGGUUCGGUAUCGGCGAACCAAUAGGAGACGCAGAUUUCUAUCCCAACGACGACAGAUUCUAUCAACCCGGAUGCAAUUUCGAUGACGUCAUCAACGGAAACAGAUUGGACGAUUUGGCAAGUUGCAGCCACGAGAGGGCGUGGGGUUACUACUCAGAGUCCAUAGCGAAUCCGCAAGCUUUUCCUGCAACAACCUGCAGAGGAUUCCGCGCUGAUGCUAAACCUUGCCAUUUCCAGGUCGACGCCUACAUGGGUUACCACCUCACCAAGAACGUCACCGGUCAGUACUUCUUAUCUACGAAUCCGCAGAAACCGUACGGAAUGCCGGCCGAUCUGCAGAUGAAGAUGAAAUCCUGAUACGCGCGCCAUCUACAACUACUCAGUAUUAUUUAUUUAAACGCCAACAUGAUUCCUUUUUUCUACUAGUAUUAUGU